AUGCUGCAGAUGAUGGCCAGCGCGGCUUUGGUGCUUGGGAUUCUACUUUUGGGCGUUUUGUUGGUCCUGCUGUGCAGCCGAUUCCUUGUUGCAUCCAUGGACAACCCUCAUGUGAUCGUUCUUGUUUUGGGCGACAUUGGGAGAAGUCCUCGCAUGCAGUAUCAUUCGCUUUCGUUAGCCAGACAUGGCUGUGAUGUGACAAUCGUCGGCUACCCGGGAGCUGAGCCUAUGGCCGAGUUAACGAACAGCCGGAUACGCAUUCGGCAUGUGAUGCCCUUGGAGAUUCCAUGGCUUCCCUUCACACUUCGGGCUGGAGUAAAGGUACUGUCAUUGCUUCUUCGCUUGAUGGCGCUGCUACUGCUUGCAACUCCGCGAGCCAAUAUUGUGUUAGUGCAAAAUCCGCCCGCCAUUCCGUCGUUGCUACUGGCGCGCGUCGCGUCGACCUUGCAGGGGGCCUCCUUCAUCAUUGACUUCCACAACUUUGGCUAUUCGCUACUGGCACUGAAGUUGGGAGCCCAACAUCCGCUUGUCAAGGCUCAUCGGAUAUACGAACAGCUCUGCGGUCAGCUUGCGGAUGAUGCCUUCUGUGUUACAGCACAGAUGCAACGAUUCUUAAAGGAGCAGUGGAAUGUCGAUGCUCGACCGUUGCAUGAUCGACCUGCAAGCAUCUUCAGGCCAAGCGGCAUUGAGGAACAACACAAUCUCUUUCAGCGUUUGCGAGACAGGGGCAUGUUGGGGACGGUGGACGACUGGUGGCCGGAUGCUGAAGGUGAAACGUUGUUCACUCGGUGGAGCAAGUCUGAGGGAUACAGCAAAUCCCCCAGGCGACCAUCUCUCGUUGUCAGCUCGACCUCUUGGACUCCGGAUGAAGAUUUUGGGCAGCUCCUCGACGCGCUGCCGGCGUUCAACGAGAACCUGGUCCAGGAGGGAGGCUGCCCUGAAGAGGCCCAGGAAGACUCGGCCGCUUGCUGGCCCCAUUUCUUUCGCCGCCCUCCCAUCUGGGUGGACCAAUCUGUUCUGGCGAGCUCAGAUGGGGAGUUGGCGAUGUCGGUGGAUGUCAAGCCGUCGAAGUUCCGUGAUUGCAACAUCGUGCGAUCGCAGGCAAAUGCGCGAGCUGUUGUGAUCGUGACCGGCAAAGGCGACUUGAGGCAGCAGUUUGAGGCCACCGUCACCCAGUCGUCACGGUCCACGGUACAGCGACUACGUCGUGAACUGAUGGUCUUCCAUCACUGCCACACAGCUUCCGCUCCAGGAGCGCUUGUGCGGAAUGGUGCCGCGGCCCCAGACUGGCACAGUUCUUUCCUUAAUGCAUCGGAGAAUGCCGUGGUCUUGCAGGCCACAGUUGCAAGCAGUCCGCGUGGUGACGAUGUGGCGCCGGCACUCAGGUUCGAGCUUUUGCGAUUUUGCAAGCCGGACUUGCGAGGCUUAGCUUUGCAGAUUAUGCUCUGCUGCUGGGUAGCGCAGACCUGGGUCUCAGCACGGGGCUCGGAGCUGAAAAAGGAGUUGAGCCAAGGCAGCAGUUGCUCCGCUCUCGCACAGGAUGAGCAAUGCUCCAAGGAAAUAGCUGCUAUCGAACACCGGGAUCCCUGCUGCAUCGACCGAUUUGCCUUCAUUGAAAUCUCCGGCAGGAAAGCUUGGACAAGUGAUGGGGAAACAUGGGGCUGCCUGUUGGAAACCAUGAGCAUGGACGGCGAUGUGCUGACAGAGGUUGCCGGGCAGGACCCGGGCUUCGCCGUCAGAUGGACCCACUGGCAAGCACGAUUUGCAAGCGAGGACUCCGAUUUCUCCUGCAGUUCGGACGUUGCGAGGCAAGGGGACAAGCCGCACACGAUCUUGGAAACGAUCGAAUUGAGUGAUGAGAGCGAUGACGAGUUCAAUUACGAGGAACUCCCUGAGGAUCCAGAACUUCUUGAGCAGGACGACGAGGAACAACUCGAUGACAUCAAUCGUUUGUUGGCAGAGACCAAACAGCCAGCCGAUGGCCAGGAUGCAGCCGAAGAAGCUGGACUAGCCAAGGUGCAACAACGUCCUCAAGUCAUUGACGAUUUCUUCCGCAACUUCUUGCUGAAGUACGAGAUGAAGCGCUCCCUAGAGGUCUUCCAAGCCGAGUGGUACGAGAUGCAGCAGACGGGAAAAUUUAAGGAUUCGGAGCUGACCAUUGUUCCGGAUGUCUACACACGCAACCACGGUUUCCAACAGGAGGUGUUGUUACUUCGCGAAGAGCUGGAAAAGGCCCGCAUGGUGGCUGCGAAGGCCAAGGAAUCCUGGGACAAGUUUCGCAAAGAGCGAGAUUACCAUCGCAUGCAUCAUCGGCGGGUCGUACAGGAGAAGAACAAGCUCAUAGUUGAUCUCAAGCGCUUGAAGAAGCACUACGAACAGUACGAGCCUACGCUGACCGAGUUGCGGCACAAGUAUGAAGUCGCAAUGAAGGAGAAGAUGCUCAUGCGCCUAGAGCGUGACCGCUACGCAGCAAAGGCAGAGUCUUUGCAGAAGCAGCUCUCGCAGGCUGAAGCCAAAGACGAGACUGCCAAUAGCAAGGACCUCACUGAAGGUGACGAUGCGCACAAUAGAAAGAAAACGCUACGAGAAGCACCUUGGCCGAGCGAAGACAGGACCAACCCCUACACCAAUUCAAACUUCGAGGCGGUGCGGGUGGCCGAGUUCGCAAGGACGCAAGUCUUCAAAGGCCACUUGGGAGCGGUGUCACGCGUCGCAUUCCAUCCGAAGAUCCCGGUGGUAGCAACGGCGUGUGAUGAUCAUACGUGGAAAAUGUGGUCUGUGCCAGAAGGUCAACUUGUCCUAAGUGGUGAGGGGCACAGGGAUUGGGUCAGUGGCAUCUCCUUUCAUCCACGUGGCUCUCUGGUCGCGACAUCUUCUGGGGACUCGACCGUCAAGAUUUGGGAUGUUGCGAAAGAGAAGUGCAAGCACACGCUGACCGAUCACACCCAGCCUGUUUGGGCUUGCUCCUUUCACGACAUGGGGGACUUUGUAGUCUCCUGCUCUAUGGACCAGACGGUGAAGGCAUUCGACAUGAUGAGCAUGCGGUGCCGGCAAACAUUCCGUGGUCAUGUAGACUCAGUCAACUUCGUGACUUUCCAGCCUUUCUCCAACAAUGUGCUUACAGCAGCCGGUGACAAGACGAUUUCACUGUGGGAUCUCCGCAGCGGCCUUUGUGUGCAGACGUUCUAUGGUCAUGCAAAUGCUUGCAACCAUGCCAUGUUCAACCUCAAGGGUGACACAGUGGCCUCAUGUGAUGCAGACGGAAUUGUGAAGAUGUGGGACGUGAGGGUGGUGUCCGAGUUCCUUCAGAUUGACACGGGACGCCACCCUGCCAACGCUGCGAAUUUCGAUCGAAGUGGAAAGGUCUUGGCCAUUGCGCCGUCCGGCGAUGCUUCUAUCAAGACUUUCAACAUCGAGGAUAAAGUCUUCGUGGCCAACCUGGAGGGACAUGAAGAUUCCGUUCAGGACGUGGUGUUCGAGCCGCAAGCAAACAAGUUCCUCAUCAGCGCAUCCUCCGAUGCCACAUUUUCUCUGUGGCAAUGA